ACUGCUUAUCAGCAGGAACUACUUUUUAGUCUGUGGCGGGCGCGGCCAUUUUGUAGAGACCGAUAUUAUUUUAAUUUCUAAUCGUUUUCAAUCGUCAUUUUGAAAUUGCCAUCUGCCUAACAAGAAAUGGCAGACAGAGAGGAUAGUGUUUAUCAAGCUAAGCUUGCUGAACAAGCAGAGCGAUAUGACGAAAUGGUAAGCUCAAUGAAGAAGGUUGCCCAGCAAGACACAGAGCUGACUGUUGAGGAGCGCAACUUAUUGUCAGUGGCAUAUAAAAAUGUCAUCGGUGCUCGCAGAGCUUCUUGGAGGAUUGUAAGCAGUUUGGAACAAAAGGAUGAAGGAAAGGUGUCUGAGGAAAAACAAUCAAUUACAAGGGAGUACAGAAAACAGAUUGAAACUGAACUUAAUUCAAUUUGCCAUGAUGUUCUACAUGUUAUUGACAACAAUCUUAUUCCAAAUGCAGCCACUGGUGAAUCAAAGGUCUUUUACUAUAAAAUGAAAGGAGAUUACCAUAGGUAUUUAGCUGAAUUUGCCACUGGGAAUGAUAGAAAAGAAGCUGCUGAAAACAGUUUAGUUGCCUACAAAGCUGCAAGCGACAUUUCUAUGACAGAGUUGGCCCCUACACAUCCUAUUCGUCUUGGUUUGGCACUCAACUUCUCAGUAUUUUACUAUGAGAUUUUGAAUUCUCCUGAUCGUGCUUGUCGGCUUGCCAAAGCAGCAUUUGAUGAUGCUAUAGCUGAGCUUGAUACAUUAAGUGAAGAGAGCUACAAGGAUUCUACAUUGAUAAUGCAGUUACUUCGUGACAACCUCACACUCUGGACAUCAGACAUGCAAGGAGAGAAUGAAGGUGGUGAGCAACAGGAGCAAGCUGUCCAGGAUAUUGAAGGAGAGGAUGCGUCCUAAGGCUGUGUUGAAUUAGUGUACUAAAAUUUUGAACAUAUAAAAAUUUUGUCAUUAUCUUACCAAAACUGCUACCAUAUGUGAAGAUCUUGGCCCACAUUUUUCACGACCUUGAAGUCGUGCUCCCUCAGAAGUUAUUUCUCUGUGACGUAGCAAGCUAACUGUCCUUGUUUUAUUAAAUUUUUUUUUUACUCCCAGAAAGUGAAGUUUAUAUGAAAGGAUACAUGGUCGAUGCUGUGACAGUUUUGGCAGUAGUGUUUUGUUUGAAAAUCUUGUCAUUGGCUUUGGGAGGGUAGCACCUUCAUAUUAUUAUAUGCUGGAACUAUUAAAUUUGUUUUUUUAAAUUUGAGAAAAUGAGAUGGUUGUAUGUUUUGUAAUUAGUUAAGAGUUUUUUUGUCUUAAAUAUUUUUAUUUUUGCUAGCUUCCUAAUCAAUUGCGUUCAGUUUGUCAUCUUCAUUUCAUUUACUUUUGCAUUCGUGGACAAUGCAUGUAUACAUUUACAAACUUUUCAUGUAUGCUUCUAUUCAUCCUUCAUAGGAUUCCCUUCUUGAAAUGAAUGAUUUUGUGCAUGGAUGUCAUUAAUAUUCUGUCUGUUGUAUAAAUAGUUGUAAAAAUGUAAAGAUUGGUGUCCUACACCAAUAGAACAAGUUCACAUUUCAACCUAAUUUGUUGGUUACAGUGGAAGCAAAGAUUCAAGGUUAUGUAUCCAUCGCCAGUGACAAGUACUAUUGCCUAAUUUGUGUAGAACUCAAUUGUAUUACUGAUCAUUUUUAUAAAAAUAAUAUUUAAGAGGAUAAAUAUUAUCCCUCCUUGGUCUUUUGAUGUUUCUAGUUUCUGCAAUUUUUUAAAUUCAUUCUUACCUACCUAUAACUUCUAAAUGCCUAUAUAAAAAAUGUUCAAGUCAGUAUACAAAACAAUACAUUCAUGUUUUAGUCACUAUCCAUGGUUACAAAGUCUUUUCAACUUUAAAGAGCAAGGAGGGUUAAUCUUAACCAUUGUUUUCAUUUGCAUACUAUUAUAAGUAAUCACUUAGGUAAUCAUUAUUAAAUCUUCAAUGCUUAGACUUGUAGUUUAAACUUUGUGUGCUGGAGAAAGAUGAAUUUCAUUUAUAUUAACUUUUUAAUCAAACUUUGUUUGAUUAUAAGUGGCUUAGGUGAAAUUUAAGAGGACCAAUAAGUGUCUUUCACUAGUGAUUUUCCUCACAAAACCAGCCAAGCAUUGCAGGUUUACUCAUUCUACUAAAUGUAGGUGUUCUAUCAAUGUUACUUUUAUCUUCACACAAUUAUAUUUAAGUUUCAUUUGAAAUGUGUACUGAGGUAAAUACAUUAAUCUUAAUUUAUAUUGACUUUAUAUAGUUUUAACACAAAAAUAAGGAAAAUAAAUUAUUUUUAAUUUGGCUUCUAGUGAUUACACCUUUAACAGUUUGCACUUGCAUAAGGUUACAUCUGAAAAAAAAAUGUUUCAAAAAAAGAUAGAAGAAAUAAAUUUUGCUGUGAUUAAAGUUUUAUACUAAUAACUUUUGUGUGUUAAAAGUUAUAGCAUGUCAUCUAAUUGUUCUUAACAGCUGAUUUAUUUUACCCCAUCAUUUCAGCAUAAUGUUGCAAUUUCCAAAAUUAACAUUUUGACAUGGUGCAAUUGAAAAUAAAAAUUCUGGGGGAAAAUAAUUGAAGUUUUAAAUUUUGAUUUUCCUUAGCACUAAAAAAAAUGGCACUUUGGAUGCCUGAUAAGUGUUGUGAUCACAAUAUUUUAAAUUGUAGACAUGGUGUCAGUAUACCUUGUUUAGUAACUAGAAAUUACAUGCUCUAAAAGGUUUGUAAAUUACACCAAUUGUCAUGCUUUUUAUCUUAAUUAAAUCUAUAUUCAAGUGCAAACUUC